AUGAGGCUCUCAACGGUUGUCACCGUCUCCUGCCAACUACUCCUAGCAGCAUCACUGCCAAUCUCGACCACCGAAAUAGUCACCCGAAGCAACGGUAUCGCGCAAGGGUCCGCGGAUUCUAGUCUCGCAGAACGAAGCCUUGCACAAAGCGCAGCGACAACUCCCUCAAAAGCUACCGAAAAAGAAGCCGCAGCCGGUGAGGCAGGCGCAGCGGAAGGAGGAGUCGCCGGAGGAGCAGAAGGCGGCGCUGCCGGCGGCGAGGAGGCAAAGGAUCCCAACGAAAAGGAGAUUGAAGGGCAAUUCAUUGUCCCUAAAAAUGGACGCUUCGAAGUCGAAUUCCAAAACGCAGUCGGCCGAACCCUCACCGUGACGGAAAACAGGUCUCCUGCGCCGCCCCCCGCGGGGUUCACCGCCAUCGAGGCCGUUUCGUACAAAGUCAGCCUUGCGGAAGGUGCACAGGGUGUGACUCUCUCAAAGAUUGACUACAUUCUCAACCCUGGAAAUACCCUCGACAUCAGCAAGGGACAAGUGGGCCGCCUUUUCCCGGAGCUCAACGCCUUCAUCAUUGACCCGGCUCUUGGGGAACUCGAAUUCGAAGCCGAGGAGAACGAGUUGACCUUGAAGGUUGCCAACAUGAAUGGCGAGUUCGCCUUCUUCCUCCCGCAGGCUGGUGCUGCUGCCAGUGCGGCUGCAUAG